GGAUUGCCGAGGAGGCGAGGGCGGAACCACAGGCCACAGACAGAGCCUGCUGCCCUCCCCCCGCGACCCCCACCACGUACGAGCCCCAGGCUGUCCCCCGAGGACACCCCAUAGGCUGGAGAUGCCAAUACCUCGGCGACCUGCCCGGGGCCACGUAUGGGAGGGACAGUGGGAGGAGAGGGGUGUCCCGCUGGUUCACCCCUGCUGGCGCUCAGCCCGGAGAUCCGCCCCUCACAUUGAAGGGGCGGAGCAAGGGGGCGCCCUUUCCUGCAACCCCCUCCAGCGGCUGGUCCCGGAAAGGGGCCGUGAGAGGCCAGGUCAAACAGGAGCUGAAAGGAGGGUGAGAGGGGGGUGGGCGGAGGGGCAGAGAGGCCUCACCCUCGGGUCCCAGGCCGCCCACCCCCAUCCCAGGUCAGGGUUUCGGGGGUGGCGGGCUGUGGUCUGCGCUCACCACGUUUUCGCAUCGCCCGGCACUUGCAGGCGAGGGGUCCUCUUACCCCCCCCCCCCCCACCGUCUGCCCGCGGUGCCCCCUCCCCGUCAAGGCGCAGGGCAGGGAGGGGGACUGGGCGCUGGCUACGGCUGUGCCGCCCCUGCCCUGCGUUCCUGCUCCCCUCACCUGGACCAUCCGGGCUCGGACCCAGGGCUACCCCCGAAAAUCCUCACCUGCCGGGAGGUGGAGCAGGGAGGGGGUGCGGGAGCAGACCAGAGGCGGGCGCCUUCAGGACUUGCGGGAGCCCUGGCCUUCCACGGGUGGGGGAAACCGAGGCCCAAACAGGCUAUGACUGCGAGCCUGUUGAGGACAUUCGGGGCUGUAGGGACUGGGGUGAGGAGGGGCCUCCUCCGCACGGCUUCCCGGCUGUCCGCGUGUGUGCUGCCACCAAGUGGCAGUGGCGCUCAGAGAUCAACCUCCAAGCCAAGAUCUCAGGCCACACCCAGCGCCCCCUGGCCUGGCAGGCCCGCUUUGACCCGGAACACCCUCCCCCAUCCCAGGCCACUCCUGCCCAGGAGAAAGACGCUGAGGAACUCAGGCCCCAGGAUGGGAGGGGCUAAAGGCUUGUUUUUUUAAGUGUUCUCUAAACCCAGCGUGGGCCUCCACCUUCCAACCCAGAGAUCAAGAGUUGCGCGCUCUCCUGACCGAGAGCCAUAAAGCCUUUCUUCAAAGGACUUGUCAGCGCCCUGUGCGGCACGGUUCACUGGUGUGGGAGGGGCCUCGGACUCCGUGAGCAGGGGUGCGGGGCACGCAGAAGCGUGGAGAGCAGAGCCUACGCGAGCCGCUGCAACACCCAGAGCGAGAGGCCAGGCAGGGGGUCGCCCUGCAGUGUCUCUGGGGGAGCAAAAGUCUGCGUUGGGAUGAAGUCCAGUUUAUCAGUUUCUUCUCCGAUGGCGUCUCUCCAAACUCCGAGCAAGCCCAUGUCGUGAAGAUCGCGUCCCGUGACCUUCUGCUUCCAUUGCUGUUACAUGUGCAUUUUAGAAUUUGCCCAUCUCUGUCUACAAAAAAAAUCUUGCUGGAAUUUCGCCUCGUGAUGUGUGAAGUCUAUAGACCACUUUGAGGAGAACUGACAUCUUCGCUACGCUGAGCCUUCACGUUCGUGAACAUGGUAAGCCUUUCUAUUUAUGUAGAUCGUAUCUGAUUUCUUUCAACAGCAUUUUGUCGUUUUCAGUACUCAGAACCUUUUCGUGCUUUGCUAGAUUUGCACCUAGACGUUUUGGGAAGCUUUUGUAAAAAGCGAUAGUCUUAAAAUUUUGGUCUCCGAUUAUUCAUUGCUUGUAUCUAUCUGGGCAUACAGUUGAUUUUCAUGUGUCAAUCUCUAUCCUACAACCUUGCUUAAACUCACUUACUGGUUCUAAGAGUUUGGUUCUGUCUAAAAAAGAGAUUCCCUGGGAUUUUCUACACAGAUCGCUGCAUUGGCCGCAAACUUCCCAAGCAACAUGCCUUUUAUUUCCUUUUCUUGCCCCGUUGCACUGGCUGGAGUUUCUAGCACCGUGUGAGAUAAGAGUGCUGAGGGAGGGCACCCUGGCCGUGACCCUAAUCUCACGUGGAAGCAUUCAGGCUUUCGCAUGAAGUACGAUUUAGCUGCAGGACUUUUAUCGAUGCCCUUCGUCAGGUUAAGGAAGUUUGCUGGAUAUAGAACUCUGAACAAUGAUUCUUUUCUUUCAGCACCAAAAGGAUACUGUAUUACCGAUAAGAAAGUCUGGCAUUCAAGUCAUCGUUCUUCUAUAGGUUACACAUCAUUUUUCUCUGGCUGCUUUUAAGAUUUGUUUUCUCUGUUUUUAGUUUUCAGCAAUUUGAUUAUAAAGUGUCUUGGUGUGGGGGCGCCUGGGUGGCUCAAUCAGGUAAGCGUCCGACUUC